GCCAGGCCACACUCCCUCCACCGCACAUACUGCUGCUUGUUAAUGACGCUACACUAUGGACAUGUCAUCAGGAUAUAAUGUCACAAAUGGAAUGUCCAACGUGUUGCAUCGGGGCCAUUUAUUUAUUUUCAGAGGAUUGAAAAGAGGAAAAAAAAACAUUUUAUGAGGAAAUGGUUGGAAUAUUGCAUGUGUAAACCGCCUGGUUGAGCCUGCCCCGUGCACAGCCAUGCACUCGAAUCAAGGUCCUUCGGAAUGAGAGUUGAGAGUGCUUGGCGUCGAGCUAAAAGACCGGAUCUUCACCUCGACGCUCAGCGCGGCUCUUAAAGUCCAGAGAUUGAGGUUUACCAACGUACAACCUAUACUGGAUUGCUUUUUAGUGUGUUUUGCAAACAAAAGGCGAAGAAUACCAUAAACCAGUGGUUCUCUAUUAAUUUCUGUCAUGCACCCCUCGGGGACAGAAAUGUUUUCAUGCGCCCCACCCCCGGAUUCGAAAUACUAUUGAGAACCUGUAAUAUGAAUUUAUUUAUCUGUACAAACUACUGUAUGUGUUGCUGCACCGCCAUUGUUGAAGCAUGAAUAAAGACACUAACAGACCUGCCAACCUUGAAGAAAUGUUAUUAGUAUAGUCCCCACUGCCUGUGAUGCCCCCACCCUCCGACACCUCACUGUGUCCCCCCAGGAGAGUCCGUUGCACUAUUUGACCACAAGGUGGUCAGGCUACGUUGUCUGUGGGACCCCCAAAAUUGAACGAAUUUUUUUUUUUCUGUUAUAAUGAGGGAUGUCUGAUAUUGGCUUUUUUGCCCAUAACCGACUGAUAUUGUCCAAUUCUCAAUUUUUGAUUUCGAUACACACCGAUACCAAUAUGUGUAACAUCACAUAUCUCAUGUCAUGAAAUUAACACAUCGUGGUGACCCACAAUAUUGUUUUAAUCUGUCAGUUUGUCUGUCUAUCUAUCGUACUUCCGUUUCCGGGUCAUGAGGUUACUUCUAUUUAUUUACUUGUAUUCAUUUACAGCGCAGCCUUGACACAUCCAAUAUGGCGGCGACGUUGACGUAUCGCAGCAGCGGACAAACCCGUUCAAUGCAACGUCUAGCUAUGUCUAUGGUUGUAGCCUACGGCUGUAGCUGCUUAGCUAUUGCUAAAGGAGAAUAAACUGAUUGGUGCCACCUACCUCGGCUCCUGUCUCGUUGUGAAUCGUAUCUCCACAUUUCUUACCCUCGACGUGGGUAAAAAUGUCGACUGACAACAGUGACAAGGAGACCGUGCCGGUGCCGCUACAAGCUAACAAUUUAGCUAACGUCGGUACGACCUGCGCCGGCACACCGACGCCUGUGAUUUCAACACAUUGAAGCUCAGUUCCGACUGCGAGGAAUAACACAGGACGUCACCAAGUUUUCCACAUAUUGGCGCCGCUGGAUACCGCCAUGACAGCAAGUACGGGAGCCCAUGGGCCUAUAUACAGCAAUUUUUUUAAAUGAUCUAUUUUCAUUAUAGGGAAAAACCCGAUACCGAUAUCAACCAAUAUAAUAUUUUUAUGCCAAUAUCGGCCUGGUAAUAUUGUUGGGCCGAUAUUAUCGGACAUCCCAAAUUAUAACCUGUACACAUUUGAAUACAAUUUUUCAUGCCUCUUUGGGCACCCUAGGAUUCUGCCUGUGCGUUGAUUUGACCCUUCCUAUAGGGAUAAUAACAGGACUCCAAGCAAGCUAAGCUUUUCCUGGCUCCAAAAAUAUAAGAAUAAAAAUCUUAGGGGGCACCUCUUAAUGGGUUAAUGAAUUAAUUAGGGGUUGGGCUAGACUCCCAACCAGAAUUACCUUUGACCUCACACGUCCUUGAGGUUAAAUGGACACAAACACCUUUCGUUCACUGAAUUCUGGGAGUGUAUAAAUCGCAUAAAGAAUAACAAUAAAAUAUGCAGUACCCCUUUCUCAUGUAGCUUCAUAGUGAGAUCCCAGUCGAAGCAGCCCUUUUUGGAGUCGUAGCGUGUCCCAAGGUGCUGCCUCACUCUAUAAUCCCAGGCUUUGGAUAUGGAGAUAGGCGUAGGCAACGCAGAAGGCUGCAUCCAUGAUUUAAAAAUUCUCACCAGCUCAUCUCGCUCCUUGAACUGGACAUACAGUAUUUGGACAAGUGUUGGUAACUUGUAAAACUGUAAAGGACACAGACAUGAGCACCUUGAGAAGAGAUGCAUCCAGGCAAGGAUGCAUGUCUGACUCCAGUGUGUUGUUGAUGUGAAGCGAGAGCUGCGAGGCCGCACGUUUCAAGGUGUCCUCCGUCUGACUGCGGAUCAUGCUGUUACCGAACACCUCCAGGAACACCUCAGUCUUCUCUAAAGAUGGAUACUCACAUUAAACUUCCACAGAGCUGAAACUAAAUGUGCAAAACAUGCCUACCAUUCAGUCCCAUCAUUUCCUGCGGAGUCAGUGCAAUGAAGAGCAGCAGCAUCUGUCUGGCCAUCACCUCCAUGCUGCUUUCCAACAGCCAUACCUACAAUGAAGCAUAUAGAUAUUUGCUUCAUUGUGUCACUCUUUAAAAGGCAUUAGAGACAUUAAGAGUCUCACAUUAAGGACAUCCUCUUCCCUCAGACCAGCAAUAGUCUUCAGAAUAUGUCUCGGAUCUCCACUUCCAAUCAGUAAAAGGUUGACUUCCCUUUUAUGUCUCACUGGACCUGAAGACAGCUCAGAGAAUGCAUGCUAUCAGGACAAAAGUAUUGAGAGACACCCACAGGAAGUACAGAUAUGGAGUUCUGGGAAGACUUUCUAAAAGAUUGUGUGUCAGUGUGUGUGAUUUUAUAUAUAUACUAAAUUGCAUCAAUUUUUAUGUCAUAUUAUUAUACCCCCGUUUUCCUCCCACAUUGCCAAAACACGCAUAUUAGGUUAAUUGGAGACUCUAAAUUGUCCAUAGGUAUGAAUGUGAGUGUGAAUGGUUGUUUGUCUAUAUGUGCCCUGUAAUUGACUGGCGACCAGCCCAGGGUGUACCCCGCCUCUAGCCCGAAGUCAGCUGGGAUAGGCUCCCGCGACCCUAAUGAGGAUAAGCGGCAUAGAAGAUGGAUGGAUGGUUGGAUUAUUAUACCAGUUCAAAUGCAUUUAUGCAUGUCCCUAUGUUGUGUUUUCUAAAGGUCUUUCAACGAUAAAUUGUCUUUGUUGAAUUGUUAUAAAAUGGUGAUUUACUUAUCGAAAUGUUAUUUAUCUAUGACAGUAUCGUAGUGUAAAUUCACAAAAAAAAAACAGUAAAACAUUUAAAACCAUCGUGCUCACCAGUAUCGUUGAGGUCUCGUGCAGGACUGAAGCCCCACCAAGUGACGCAGCCUGCCCCUUCUGAUGGCCGCCCGGCGCUCAUUCUGUCUUGUAGGGGUGUACACUCGAUUUCAAUUUAAGGUUAGUGUUAUUAUAAACUCCGGGGACUCAACACUCAGGUAAAAAUUUAGACAUGUAGCCAGAGAGCUGGAGUAACUUGAGUUUAGCUAUCGUUGCUACGCAACAGUGUGGCGUGAACAGGCGCCCUCUUCUGGUGACAUUUCUGACCUGCAGUUAAAAGGACCGGGAGAUAACCCGGAAGUGAACAUAUUGGUUUGUCCGUGCGCCGUGACUAAUUUUCACAGAAAGACUUUGACGUAAGGAUCUGAGGUGCCCCCCAUGUCCAUAGCAGCCAGAUCCUGAGCCUGAAGGAUUCCCACGAUGAGCUUUGUGGUAAAGAACAUCAGGAGAGGCACCUGGGAAUCUGUGAAGUUAUAAUCCAAGGAGAAUUCCAACCUCCCCAACUUCUCCUGCUCUUUCUCCUCCUCCUCCCCCUCCUUCUUCACCUCCCCUUCCUACAAGGAGACGCAUCAGCGCAGGUCCCACCACUCAACAAUCCCCAACGCACACAACAGCAAGCAGUACAGAAAUAACAACAGUGAUAACUACUGUGAUUCCCCCCACCUUUACGAGCCUCUUCACCACAAGCCAGCCUCCUGAAAACGUUCAAGACGUGAUGGUAGAGGAGCAAAACGAAACCAGCAUAACACUUAAGUGGGAAAAGGUGAACAACAUCUCCACGUACCUCCUACAAUAUGGCCUCAAUGGCGGUGAAAAGGAGGAGAGGAUUAAUGCUUCAUCAGGUCAGAUGUUCGUCACACAUGUGGUUACUCACCUGACGGCUGGAAGAAAAUACCAAUUCAGGCUCAUCUCUGAGUUUAUGGGCGCCAACAGCAGCGGAUACACAUUUUCUGCUCCGACUGCCCCUGAGGAUGUUCAAAAUGUCCAUGUGGUGACCCAAACUGAAAGCAGCAUUACUCUGUCAUGGAACAAGGUUGGCAAUAUCUCAACAUACGUCCUACAAUAUGGCAACCACAACAGAGCCAUAGAGGACCCAGUUUUUGGAUUGAAUCCUAAAGCAAUGUUUAUACAUGAGGUUUCUUGGCUCACUGCUGGGAAAACAUACAACUUCACUCUUAUCACUGUCUUUGAGAAUGUUACCAGCGCUGGAUUCACGUUUGACGCCUCGACAGUGCCCUCAAUAGUGGCUGUGGUCAAUGUGACUGAACGUUCUGAGACCAGCUUGACUCUGGCAUGGGAGAAGGUGGAUGUUAAGUGGACAUACUUGCUUCACAUCAAUGACCAAAAUGUCACAGUAGAACCAGACGGAUCGUCAAAAGUCUCCCGCUCAUUCAUGUCUUUGCAACCUGGAACAGAGUAUCCAUUCACUGUGAUCACAAUGUUCUCUGGGCUCAACAGCACCGUUUAUAAAGGCUUCUCUGUAACAGCCAUUAACUGCACCAAUGUGACCUGGCAUGUCACUACAUCAUCCAUCCAAGGAGCAACCGAGGGCCUAUUUACAAGUGCCACCGCCUCUAAUGGCUCUCACACUCAUGCCAGUCCAGCAGAAGGUCAAAAUGUGUCAUUUUCCAGACUAUAUUCAGGUGCAACAUACAACGUGACGCUCCAGUAUGAAAGAAAUUCCACUCACUUUCUGCAGUGUCAGCACAGACUGACAACCAUUCCACCAGAUUUAACGGCUUACUGCAACAACUGGGAUUCUGGCUAUUCUGUCUUUAUUGUCUGGGAUAAGCCAGACGGUUUGUGGACUGCUGUGGAGGUGAACGUAAGUGGAAAAACUUUCACAGUGGAUGGUAUCGAACAACGGCAUAUCAGGAUACCUGGAUUCCAACCUGCAAGAACGUACGGGGUGUCUCUGUCGUCACUAUCUGGGAGUGUGAUGAGAUCCAAAGCGUACGUUUUUCACUGUUCCACUGAUCCUCGUGGAGUCAUUGCAGCGUCAGUCGUCUCUAUCCUUCUUUUUGGUGUCCUAAUGUGUGUGACAAUAUUUGUUUUAAGGAAAAGACCAAAUGGCAUCAUCAGGAGGAAAAAGUCUUUCCUUGGCGGUGACCCUGUUUCACCUGACAAAUUCACAGAUAUUCCUCUUGCGAAGUUUCCUGCACAUUUUUCCAAAUUAUGUAUGGAUAAGAACAGGGGUUUCAUUGAGGAAUAUCAGCGUCUUGGUCUUAUUGGCAUGGAUCAAACGCAAAAUGUUGCUUUGAUACCUGACAACUCUGCAAAGAAUCGCUUCACUAACAUCCUGCCAUAUGACUGGUGCAGAGUGAAGCUACAAACCACAAAUGGCAUGUCGGACUACAUCAAUGCCUCUUAUAUGCCGGGUUACAGCAGUAGCCGAGAGUACAUCGCCACUCAGGGGCCUCUGCCCUCCACAGUCACUGAUUUCUGGAGAAUGAUCUGGGAGCAGAGGGUGAGCGCUAUCGUCAUGGUAACCAACUGCAUUGAAGGAAUAAGGACUAAAUGUGAACAUUACUGGCCUGCACAAGGCAAGAGUUGCCUUCACGGAGAGCUGACCAUCACCCUCGCAUCGGAACAGCAAGAGCCCAACUGGACAUUAAGGGAAUUCCAUGUGAAACAUAGGAACAGCUCAGCAGAGAGGAUGGUGAAACACUUCCACUUUACUACCUGGCCUGAUCACGGAGUCCCUCAGGGUACAGAUGUCCUGAUCCAGUUCGGAGGGCUUAUUAGGCAGCACAUAGAAGCACAAAGGACCAAGGCUCCCACAGUGGUUCACUGCAGUGCUGGAGUGGGUAGAACCGGCACCAUUAUAGCCUUAGAUGUUCUGCUUCAGCAGAUGCACAGAGACAAAAAAGUGGGCAUCAACGCUUUUGUUCACAAAAUGAGACUGCGGCGGCCACACAUGGUCCAGACAGAGUCCCAGUAUGUUUUCCUACAUCAGUCCAUCUUGGACUAUCUGAAGUCUCAAGGUGAGACUGAUGAAAACACAUACGAGAACGCUGACAUGAUAUAUGUGAAUGCCACAGCACUGAGAGAGUUCGACAAAAUGACGGACAAUGGCAAAAGAAGUCCAGAAAAUGUACUAUGUUAACAAAAAACAUGCACUUUUAUCUUGAUCUGCACUAAAAUGGAAUACACACUGAUCAAAAUUUUAAGACCAGUUGAAAAUUUGCAAGAAUUUACAUUUUGCACUGUUGGAUCUUAAGUAGGUUCUAAGUAGAAAUCGUAGUGAGACCCCUGAAAACCCUGUUCUUAUCCACACAUAAAUUGGAAAAAUGUGCAGCAAACUUCGCAAGAGGAAUAUCUCUGGAGACAGAACACAACAUUUUACCUUACUAUGUAUAAGUGAGACAAAAAUAAUUGAGGAAGAAACUUAUUGCAAACAAGCAAUAAAGUGAAAUAGGCUGUUCAUCAGCUGAUCAAAAGUUAAGACCACAGCCUUCAAAAUCCAACAUUUUAGCAAAAAUGUGGAUUUAAUGUUAUUUUCUGUCAGGUAUUUACACUGUCAUAAUCACUUGAUGGCAAAGGCAAAAAAGCUUUCACUCUUUGAAUGCAGUAGGAUUGUUGAACUGCAUAAGCAAGGCCUCUCGCAGCGCACUAGCACUGCUGAAGUUGGACACAGUAAGACAGUCAUGAUAACCUUCUUAAAAGAUCCUGUGUGUUAUGGAACAAGUGAAGUGGUAAACCCAAAAACCUGUCACCAGCCCUGAGCCGGAGGAUCCUAUUGGCUGUCUGUCAAGACAUGGGACGAUCCUUGGCCCACAAAAUUACGUGUUUGGAAACGAGAGUACCAAACAUGGGACUUUGAAAUGUGGAAGAAAGUUUUAUUCUCUGAUGAGAAAAAAUUGAACCUUGGCGGUCCUGAUGGUUUCCAAUGUUACUGGCAUGACAGGGAGAGCCCACCUGAGAUAUUUUCCACACAGCACAGUGGAGGGGUGCCAUCAUGAUCUGGGGUGCUUUUUCCUUCAAUGGAACAAAAGCGCUUCAAGUUGUGUAGGGGCGUCAAACGGCAGCUGGUGAUGUGGCAAGGUUGCAAUGGACAUCCCUCAUGACUGAAGCCCCUCGUUUGUGUGGUAAUGACAGGGCUUUUCAACAGGACAACACUGCAGUCCACAAUGCCUGCCUGACAAAGACUUCUUUUUUUCCAGAGUGCAGUUUUAUGUAACUUAAAUAAGCCUUGUGUGUUCAUUCAUUGUUUGUACACUCAAGCCUUUUAUUAUUUAUGUGAAAUUUGGUCUGGUUUUCUUUUAAAUGCAAUUUAGGCGCCAAAAUAAGUGUGUUAUAGCAGUGGGCAGUGGUUCUCAAUUAUUUUCUGUCCUGCCCCCACUGGGGACAGAAAUAUUUUUGCACUUCCCCGAUUUGAAAUACGAUUGAGAAACUGACAUCUAUUUAUUUAUCUGUACUGUACAGACUGAACUCAAAACUGAAACCAGCAAAAUGCAACAAAAUAGAAAGCAGUGAAGCAUACAAGUAUAUUCAAAUUGCAUCUUGAGUACGACAAAUUCAUACAUGUUGGCAGGUCUGCACUAAUAUUGAAAGUCCUCCCUAACUCUCACGCCCCCCAUGACAGCCCCACUAUUUGAAAAGAACUGGUUGUAGGAUGAUGUGCAGGGUUUCAUUACAUUUGAUAUUCAUAUGAGCUAGUCUGUUGGAUGCAAUUUAAGGCAAAAUAAGGUUCGGACCUUCAAUCUGAAAAAAAUUGCAUAAACAAACCUUACUGAUUUUUAAUUGAAGACCCCUGACCUACACUGUACAGUACAGCUCCACAUGACAAACAUGGUUGAAAGUCCCUUAUGUAAAAUUUACAUCAAGGACAGCUUUGUGUAAAGGAAAGGAAACAGGCUUUGCUACACAUCGUAAAAUUAAAACUGGAGCUGUGCCACCAAUUUGUCAGUCAGCUACAGAUGCGGGAGCUGUAAGUUUGAUCAAUUUGUUUUACUUCAGCAAAGCAUAAUGUUGCUGUUAAAAUGUGAGUGUAAUGUUGGCACUGUAGCUCACAUACAGUAGCUGUGCUAGUGUUGCUAAUGUUUGUGUCCUCCUGUCACACUCAUUGAUAUGUUGUUGUAUGUGACAUGUGACAUCUAAUACAUUGGAGAAGUGCAGUUACAGUAGUAUAUGUGAAAAGUGGACAGAGUACACAAUAGCGCUUUUUGGAGCCACUCUGUCAAAGACAGGUGUGGACAAACGCAGCAGUUCCCAGUAGGGAUUACAAAAAGCACUUUCUGCUUAUUGAAAAUUGUUGAAAAACAAGGAGCUUUAAAUGAAUAUUGGGAAGAAUUUGUGCUACAACUUUUGGAAUGGAUCUUAUUAGAUUAUAGGUGUACCUAAUAGAAUGUCUGCUAAGUGUGUCCUUUUGGUGUCAUGAUAGUGUAGAAACUUCCUCCUUCCUGUGUGAAAAUAAAACAUUGUCCUCCCACCUGACGGCGUCAUUCUGGUUCCUCUUGACUGGGUGGAGCAUUAAAGCUAGAAUCGAUGAGUUCCUGUCGAGCCCUCAAGCCGUCGGGGCAAAGCACUGCCGCCGAACCCAGGCAAGGGUUGCUCGGCUGACGGUCUUCAAAUUUGUCGUCCCCGGGCGGCAGGGGCACAGAGAACUUCUUGGCAAUGUUGUGCAAGACACAGCAAGCCUUCACCACGUUGGUCAACUUGUCUAGCGCAAAGCUGAGCUGAGUCAAGCACCUGAAGCGCCACUUGAGGGAGCGCAGUGUUGUCUGCGUCACGUUGUGAAUCUUGGCAUGUGCUUCGUUGAAGCGAACCUGAGCAAUGCCUUUGGGAUCGGACACGGGAGUCAGGAGUCGUUUGCUUAAGUGAUAGCCUUCACCUCCUUUAAAAACAAAUAGACAAGAAAGUGCAAUUGAUAGGACAUCAGAACCCAUAAAAGGACAACACUAGAAAUGCAUGGACAGGGAGAUGACCACAGUGUGUACCAGUGGGCAUCAGGUGAGGCAGCACUGUGGAAUACUGCUUAGGAUUUGAAUGGUUUGAAUCUCCGUGCUUGUGUGGGCCAAAUAGAGACUCAAAUUGUUCCAGGCCUUCCGCUACAUGUAAAGGAUCGUGGUGCAACGCCACAGUAAAAUAAAAGCUGCCACACCUUGGAAAUGAAUUGUUUUUUUAAAACAUGAAAACAAUGUUAAGUAAUACACUAUGAAUGGCCAUAUAUGCUAUAUUGGGUGCCCAUUACGGGGGUCGCGAAGGUAGUGUGAGUCACGUGUCACCAGAUCAUAACAUCAAUACUUUGGUUGCAUUAUUUUUAAUACUUUGAAGAGCUAUUUUCAUAACCAUAUUCACAUUCAUGUUUGUAACUAAAGCUUGUUAUUAUUUUAAAAAACAAUUGG